AUGGGGAAGAUUGUAUUCUUUGAGGAUAAGAAUUUCCAAGGUGGUAGUUAUGAAUGCAGCAGUGACAGCCCAGACCUGCACUCCUUCUUCAGCCGCUGUAACUCUAUCAGGGUGGAGAGCGGCUGCUGGGUUCUAUACGAGCGCCCCAGCUAUGCAGGCUACCAGUACAUCCUGACCCCUGGGGAGUACCCUGACCACCAGCAGUGGAUGGGCUUCAACGACAGCAUCAGAUCCUGUCGAUCUAUCAAAAACGUCUAUGGAAAUUCCUACAAGAUCAGAUGCUAUGACAGGCCAGAUUUUGCUGGCCAUAUGGCAGAGUGGAGUGAGGACUGCCCAUUGGUCCACGAAGCAUUCAAGUUCCAUGAGUUCCACUCUGCUGUGGUGAUGGAUGGUGCCUGGGCAUUCUACGAGCUGCCCAACUACAGGGGGCGCCAGUACUUCCUGGAGCGCAAAGAGUACCAUAACUUCACGGACUGGGGCGCCACCUCCCCUGUCGUGGGCUCCUUCCGCAGGAUCACAGAGUUCUAG